CCCCUUCCCCAAUCUUUUCUCCAGGAAUCUCUGGCUUUGGGACAGGUUGGCUGUAGUUAGGUUGGGGGAGGUGUCCAGGCUGAGUGCAUGUCCUGGGCCACCAGCCAAGAGAACACGACGUUCCCAAGUGCGCUGGCCGCCGCCCUCUCGGGCUGGCCGCCUCCCAAACCGCUGCCUCUCCAACCUCCCUGCCCCACAUUCCCUGGUUGCCUCGACCCGCCUCCUUCCUCUGCUUUGACGUCACCGUUGUCUCCCGCCCCCUCUCCUCCUUUGACGGCAGCAGAGCCUGGUUACUGUGGGGACAGUGAGGCAGGACGACCUGGGCCUUAGGAGUGGGUGGAGACUGCUGGAGCUCAGCACCUUUUUUUCUACGUAAAAGACAGAUCUGGAGGUGGGCGAGCAAGGACUGCCUGGGUCAGGGGAGUUCACACCUAAAUUCCCCAAGGAGAGCUGGGGAGGAGAAAAACUGUUUCCAGAGAAGAGGUUCUGGAAAUGACACAAGGAUAGAUCCACAGUAUAUGGGGGUGGGUUGGGGAGGACAGCAUCAGUUUCAAGGAGAUUGAGAAUCAGGCUCCUGUAUCCUUUGUUUUGUUUUCUUGCUUCGGUUUUUCUGGGUUAUUUUAUAACACUCCUGUGUCCCAGCUUUUCCACAGAGCGGCCCCCGUCCCUCUCACCCACCCAAGGGAAACACCAUUGUUAAGGAAAGCUUAGGCCACGUGACAGGGAGGGGCAGGCACUCACAUCUGACUGUGUUAGCAGUUGCCUGGGACUUGCUUCACCUGCUACCCACAGUUCCAUGAAUCCCUGGGAGGAACUACUGUACUUAAUACUGACUGGAUGAAGGAGCUGUGUAACAGUUCUCCUGGUUGCAAGCGGGCACUUUAUUCCCCCAAAUCAAGCCUCUAUUCUCCUUUUAGGGCUCAGUGCUCUGCUCUUUCCUUCUUUAAAGAAAUGACAAUUUUCAGACCCCCUCUGCACCUCUGAGCCUCAUUCCUUACCUCCUACACCUAUCCAUUUUACAUACAAAAUUAUCAUUUUGUCAUGUUUAUCAAUCACCUAUCAUGUGUUGAGGUCCUGUUCUGAGCACUACAGAGUACAGUGACUAGGAGAUGAAGUCCCAACUGGGCCCCCAAAUCUUUUCCUUUUUCAAGCAGUGGGGAUCACACCCCCUCCCCCCUUCUCUGUCUAGGGCUCCAGCUGGCCUCUUGUCUUUGCUGCCCCCUUCCUCCCUCUAUAGCCCUAGCUUUCUGGCCCUCUCUUUUGGGGCAGUCCUAAGUGUGGGUGGCUCUGUGGAGAGAAGCACUAGUCACUAUGUAGCCUGCGGGGAGACCUAUUCUCCGAUUGGCUGUGGAAACACCUGUCAUUGUUUCCCUUCACAACCUCCAUUGGCUCUGGCUGCCCCUUCCGUUGUCUGUAUUCUCCCUCCACCCACUCACCCUCCAGUCACACGUGGACCCUCACUUGCCCUUCUUUUAGGAUUUGAAGUGUCAGAGGACCAGGUUAGCUUCAUUAUGUAUGAUGACAAGGCUGGAGAGAACCCAGGAAAGAUCAAGCCGGGUUUUGUCGUCCCCCCGCAAAGUUCCUUACAGGGUCCAGCCAUUUCAUCGAGUUUGGUCCAGCUCCCAACGCCUGCCUUCCUUUUCCCUACCCCUGGAUAGGCCAAGUUGUCCUGUUUGGUAAGGCUGGUCAGUUUAGGAAGUAUACAUUUCUUGAGCACUCACUGUGGCCUGGGCAUUUUCCCCAAAGAGGGCCAACUUACCUCCCCUCAUUUUCCUUCCAUUAUUCACUGUGCAAGCCGUCCUGUUUCCAUUGGGCGGUGUUUGCAGCCCUUCAGCCCAGUGCCAGCACCCAGGUCCACGUGCGCCCAUAUGUGUGACACAGCCCUGACCUCAGUGGAGGCCAGUAGCCAAUCAGGCGCCAGGGAGUGAUCCCCAGCCAAUCGGGGGCGGAGCCUACGGCUCUGCGGGCUGGAGGCCAAUGAGGGGCAGCGCCUGGUAUUAUGCAACCCGCCUCCCCGCCUCGCAGAGCUUCUACUCGGCUGCGGGCUGGAAACGGCAUCGAGCAGGCGGCUGGAGGGCGCUCGCACGGCCAGGUGCUGGCUGUGAUCACUCUUAAUCCUCAGAGACAGAUUCCACCUCACUCCCUCAGCCAGGCCUCAAAGCCCCCUUGGGUGUGCGUGGUGACAUCUCCACCCUCUCUGUUUUCCUGUUCACCUCCACAUGGCCCAGACAUGAGUGGCCCCUUGGAAGGGGCUGAUGGGGGAGGGGACCCUAGGCCAGGAGAAUCCUUUUGUCCUAGAGAAGUCCCAUCCCCUGGCCCCCCGCAACACCGGCCUUGCCCAGGCCCCAGCCUGGCUGAUGACACCGAUGCCAAUAGCAAUGGCUCAAGUGGCAAUGAGUCCAAUGGGAAUGAGUCCAGGGGUGCAUCCCAGCGGAGCUCACAUAGCUCCUCCUCUGGCAAUGGCAAGGACUCCGCCCUGUUGGAGACCACUGAGAGCAGCAAGAGCACAAACUCUCAGAGCCUAUCCCCACCCAGCAGUUCCAUUGCCUACAGCCUCCUGAGUGCCAGCUCAGAGCAUGACAACCCAUCUACCAGUGGCUGCAGCAGUGAACAAUCAGCCCGGGCGAGGACUCAGAAGGAACUCAUGACAGCACUUAGGGAGCUCAAGCUUCGACUGCCACCAGAACGUAGAGGCAAGGGCCGUUCUGGUACCCUCGCCACACUACAGUAUGCACUGGCCUGUGUCAAGCAGGUGCAAGCCAACCAAGAUUACUACCAGCAGUGGAGCCUGGAGGAAGGCGAGCCUUGUGCCAUGGAUAUGUCCACCUAUACCCUGGAGGAGCUGGAGCACAUCACAUCUGAGUACACGCUUCGAAACCAGGAUACCUUCUCCGUGGCUGUCUCCUUCCUGACAGGCCGAAUUGUCUACAUUUCGGAGCAGGCAGGUGUCCUGCUACGGUGCAAGCGGGAUGUGUUCCGGGGUGCCCGCUUCUCAGAGCUCCUGGCUCCCCAGGAUGUGGGUGUUUUCUAUGGCUCUACUGCUCCAUCUCGUCUGCCCACAUGGGGCACUGGGGCCUCUGCAGGUUCAGGCCUCAAGGACUUUACUCAAGAGAAGUCUGUCUUCUGCCGUAUCAGAGGAGGUCCUGACCGGGAUCCAGGGCCUCGGUACCAGCCAUUCCGGCUAACCCCAUAUGUGACCAAGAUCCGAGUCUCAGAUGGGGCCCCCGCACAGCCAUGCUGCUUGCUCAUUGCAGAGCGCAUCCACUCGGGUUAUGAAGCUCCCCGGAUCCCCCCUGACAAGAGAAUCUUCACCACUCGGCACACACCCAGCUGCCUAUUCCAGGAUGUGGAUGAAAGGGCUGCUCCACUGCUGGGCUACCUACCCCAGGACCUCCUGGGGGCCCCAGUGCUCCUCUUUCUGCAUCCCGAGGACCGGCCUCUCAUGCUGGCCAUCCACAAGAAGAUCCUGCAGCUGGCCGGCCAGCCCUUUGACCACUCCCCUAUCCGCUUUUGUGCCCGCAAUGGGGAGUAUGUCACCAUGGACACCAGCUGGGCUGGCUUCGUACAUCCCUGGAGUCGCAAGGUGGCCUUUGUGUUGGGCCGCCACAAAGUACGCACGGCACCCUUGAAUGAGGACGUGUUCACUCCGCCAGCCCCCAGCCCAGCUCUGUCCCUAGACUCUGAUAUACAGGAGCUCUCAGAGCAGAUCCACCGGCUGCUGUUGCAGCCUGUGCACAGCUCCAGCCCCCCUGGGCUUUGUGGAGUUGGCCCUGUGGCAUCCCCAGGUCCUCUUCAUAGCCCUGGCUCCUCCAGUGAUAGCAAUGGGGGUGAUGCUGAGGGGCCUGGGCCUCCUGCUCCAGUGACUUUCCAGCAGAUCUGUAAGGAUGUGCAUCUGGUGAAACACCAGGGACAGCAGCUUUUCAUUGAGUCCCGGGCCCGGCCUCCACCCCGGCCUCGCCUCCCUGCCACAGGAACAUUCAAGGCCAAGGCCCUUCCCUCACAGUCCCGAAACCCAGAGCUGGAGGCUGUCCCUGCUCCCAUCCAAUCCCCAUUAUCCUUGGCCCCUGAGGAGGCUGAGAGGAAAGAAACCUCCAGCUGUUCCUACCAGCAGAUCAACUGCCUGGACAGCAUCCUCAGGUACCUGGAGAGCUGCAACAUCCCCAGCACGACCAAGCGAAAAUGUGCCUCCUCUUCCUCCUGUACUGCCUCCUCAGCCUCUGAUGAUGACAAGCAAAGGACAGGUCCAGUCCCUGUGGGGGCCAAGAAAGAUCCACCGUCGGCAUUGCUGUCUGGGGAGGGGGCCACUCCUCGGAAGGAGCCAGUGGUGGGAGGCACCCUGAGCCCGCUCGGCCUGGCCAAUAAGGCAGAGAGUGUGGUGUCUGUCACCAGUCAGUGUAGCUUCAGCUCGACCAUCGUCCAUGUGGGAGACAAGAAGCCCCCGGAGUCGGACAUCAUCAUGAUGGAGGACCUGCCUGGUUUAGCUCUGGGCCCAGCCCUCAGCCCGGCCCCCAGCCCCACAGUAGCUCCUGACCCAGCCCCAGAUGCCUACCGCCCAGUGGGCCUGACCAAGGCCGUGCUGUCCCUGCACACACAGAAGGAAGAGCAAGCCUUCCUCAGCCGCUUCCGAGACCUUGGCCGGCUACGUGGACUUGACGGCUCUUCCACAGCCCCCUCGGCCCCUGGGGAACGAGGCUGCCACCAUGGCCCCACGCCCCCCAGCCGCCGACACCACUGCCGAUCCAAAGCCAAGCGCUCACGCCGCCAUCAGACCUCCCGUGCUGAAGCCCCCUGCUAUGUCCCCCACCCCUCACCUGUACCGCCCUCUGGCCCCUGGCCACCCCCACCAGCCACUACCCCCUUUCCAGCAGUGGUCCAGCCCUACCCCGUCCCAGUGUUCUCCCCCCGAGGAGGUCCCCAGCCUCUUCCCACUGCCCCCACCUCUGUGCCCCCUGCCACCUUCUCUACCCCCCUGGUAACCCCAGUGGUGGCCUUGGUGCUACCUAACUAUCUGUUCCCCACCCCAUCCAGCUAUCCCUAUGGGGUACACCAGGCCCCUGCUGAGGGGCCCCCUACCCCUGCCUCCCACUCGCCUUCACCGUCCCUGCUGCCACUGCCCCCUAGCCCCCCGCACCACCCGGACUCCCCACUGUUCAACUCAAGAUGCAGCUCUCCACUCCAGCUUAAUCUGCUGCAGCUGGAGGAACCCUCCCGCACUGAGGGGGGUGCUGUUGCAGGGGGCCCUGGGAGCAGUGCUGGGCCCCCCCCACCUUCUGCAGAGGAGGCUGCGGAGCCAGAGACCAGACUGGUGGAGGUAAAUGAGUCCUCUAAUCAGGAUGCGCUGUCUGGCUCCAGUGACCUGCUGGAGCUGCUGCUCCAAGAGGACUCUCGCUCUGGCACAGGCUCUGCAGCUUCAGGCUCCCUGGGCUCUGGCUUGGGCUCCGGGUCUGGCUCAGGCUCCCAUGAGGGUGGCAGCACCUCAGCCAGCAUUACUCGCAGCAGUCAGAGCAGCCACACAAGCAAGUACUUCGGCAGCAUUGACUCUUCAGAGGCUGAGGCUGGGGCUGCUCAGGCCCAGGCUGAGCCAGGGGACCAGGUCAUUAAGUAUGUGCUCCAGGAUCCCAUCUGGCUGCUCAUGGCCAAUGCUGACCAGCAUGUCAUGAUGACCUACCAGGUGCCCUCCAGGGACAUGGCUUCAGUGCUGAAGCAGGACCGGGAGCGGCUCCGGGCCAUGCAGAAGCAGCAGCCUCGGUUCUCAGAGGACCAGCGGCGGGAACUGGGUGCUGUGCACUCCUGGGUCCGGAAGGGCCAGCUCCCUCAGGCCCUUGAUGUGAUGGCCUGUGUGGACUGUGGUAGCAGCACCCAAGACCCUGGCCACUCUGAUCAUCCACUCUUCUCAGAGCUGGACGGACUGGGGCUGGAGCCCAUGGAGGAGGGUGGAGGCGAGGGUGAGGGUGGUGAGGAGCCUGGGGCCCAAGCUGAGGCCAAGGUCUCAGGCUCUCAGGACUCAGCCAUGGAGGAGGAAGAACAAGGUGGGAGCUCAUCCAGUCCAACCUUACCAACUGCAGAAAAUGGCACCAGCUAGACUCCAUUUGGGGGCCACUUCCUGGAGUCCUUGAGAGGCUUCCUUUUCCCAUGUUGCUACUUGCACGUGGCUGGACCAACUAGUAGGAAACUGCCCCAGCUUCUCCCACUGUAGGGGCCAGGAUCCCCAUCACCAGCCCAGGAUCUGGGGGCUGCUUCUGGCCUCUUAGGGAACAGCAGGUGGAAAUUUUCAGCCCAGCCCAGAGGAGUGUCCCCUCUUACUCCUAGUGAAGAGUCCUUUCCUCUGGGUAAGGUUGCUGAUAAGCUGCUGAAAUGGUCUCUAAAUCCCAGCUGAGCCUGAAUCUGGUCCCCAGGGUUGGGGCUGUACUUAUUUAUUGGAGGAGACAGCUAGCUCUCCUGCUUCUUCCCCAGAUGGGAGAAGGGGAGUCUGGGGCCCAAGCAGAAUCCAAGGGUUUGAACCCCUAGCUGCUCCAGGGUGGAGGAGGUUGGUGGACCAUGGAGUCCCUGGUGCUGCCCCUCAGGUGGGACCCAGGCGUUCUCAGCUCUACCCUCUACCAAUGGCAUUUGUGUUUUUGAUAUUGUGUCUGUUAUUUUUUAAUACAAAAAGAAAAAAAUACCCA